UCCGACGUCGCAUAUCCUAGUUUUCUCCAUAAACCUUAAAACCCAAAUCUUACGUAUAUUAUCAAACGAGAAGAAACAAUAUGAAUGUGUGCGUUUUUAAUGCGAAUUACAAGUGACCGCCACACCUUUCUCGCAUUGAUAAAAUUAAUAGACAUUAUACAUUAUAAUACUGCACAUGUAUAAAGUCAUAGAGAUCAAAUCUUUUUCUUCUGUCAACCUUUAAAUCUUUUGUAUAUCUAUAAGUAAACGGCUUUGAAAUGUCGGUUUAUCCGUUCACGGCAGUUGUGAUCGUGCUGUUCGCUUUGCUAUCGACCGAGUACUCCAACGGCCAAGUUGCGUCCAAUAACGAGUCCUUUGUGGCAUUAAACGUUGCAGCGAAGACUUCGAAUACCGAUAUUCCUGGAUCAUGGGUCUCUGAUCUAUUUUACCAGGCAUUGGCAAAUUUUACUGUGCGACAUGUAGGGAGCAUUGAUUGCCGCAAACAUGCCGAGAUUUACGACAAUAGUUUACGAAAUUACACCAGUUGGGCUGUUAGAAUGUCAGAAUCUUGGAACCGGUAUCCCGUUGGUAUACUAGCGGGUAAUAAAUAUCAAAUGGGAGUCUAUGAUGAAUGUGUUGAUGUACAUCAUCCAAUAAGAGGCCAGUAUUGUCUUACUGAAAUAAAAUUAAUUCCACCAACGGGAAAAAAUUAUAGUUUUAACAGAACGGAGAAUUUAGAUGAUUUUGGUAACAAUCAUGCAUGGAAAACAAUUCUCGGGUGGGUUGAUUAUCCAGAUCAAGUCCAACGAAAUAAUUUAAACUUGGGAAUCUGCAUUCCAAACUCUUGUUCAGCAUCAGAUCUUCAAAUAUCAUUGCAAAAUGAAUUAAACAAAGUGUUUUUACCAGAACAAUUCAAAGCAGUUGUUAAUGUGAAUCCGAUAUUAUGCACUGUUAGUGGAGACAUGUAUCCCUACGAUACAGCAUAUUAUUUAACUAUCAUAAUUUUCGGAGUAAUUUUUUUAAUUUGUGGUGUGGCAACAACUCAUCAUUAUAUAGCGUUAUCACGCCAACAAAAAAAAAAUGAAGGCGAAAAAGAAGUUCUAAAAUCGAUUUUAUAUGACUAUUCUUUUAUUCAGUCGGGAAAAAUAUUAUUGAAAUACGAUAAAGAAAACGAAUUUAAUUUACUUAAUGGUUGGAAAGCGUUUAUGAUGUUACCAAUUUUAUUGGGUCACAGAUUUAAGUAUUUAGUUGGAAAUCCAAUAAGUAAUCCUAAAUUCAUAGAAAAUAUGUACCUCAAUGGACAUGAUAUUUAUUUGACUGGAAUGAACAUAACUGACCCGUUUUUUUUUAUGACUGGUUUUCUGAUAUAUAUGACAGUAAUACCGGUAUUUAAUAAAUUAAAAAAGGAAUCAGUUUGGUUUAAACUUAUAAUGCCAAUUGUCCAUAGAAUAAUCAGAAUAUUACCGGCUUAUUGUACCAUGAUGGCGAUCACAGCUAAUAUCGUACCUCACCUUGGAGACGGCCCACUAUGGCCUUAUAAAACCUGGGACGAAGCCGAUAUAUGUAAAAAUUAUUGGUGGACCAACAUGUUGUUCAUAAGUAAUUUAAUUGAUACUAAGUACGAAUGUCUCAUAGUAAGUUGGUACAUAUCGUGUGAUGUUCAGUUUUGUAUACUUGGAAUUAUUAUUGUUUACAUUUACACAAAGAACGUUAAACUUGGGAUAGGAUUUAUCAUUGCAAUGCUUGGUGUGUCAAUAACUGUGCCAUUUAUAAUCACGAUUUUGACGAAAAGGGAGGGAAUAGUUAAAAUACUUCUACCAUUCUUAGAAAACACAAGAUAUUCCAUAACAUUUAAUGAAUCAUACAGAGCAAGUUACAUGCGAGCUUUUCCUUUCUUCACAGGUAUAGCAAUAGGUGUAAUCAUUGAUAAAUUAAAGGAAAACAAAGUAAAAUUCUCACAAAUGACUGUCUAUGCUGGAACUUUUACUAUUGCCGUGAUUUGUUUAUGGGUUCAAUUUUAUGGAGCUAUAUUUUAUAAGAGAAAUAGGCCUUAUUAUCUAUUAGAACAAGCUCUAUAUUCAAGUUUAAAUCAUUGUACAUGGGUAAUAUUAUUUGCCUGGGUGCUUACUUGCCACUUUACAAGUGGAUAUGGUCUACUAACAAAACUCCUUAAUAAUAGAUUUAUUGUACCAAUGGGGAGACUUUCUUAUUCCGUUUUUUUAGUCAACCUCACUAUUAUGAUGAUAUCGCAGAGUCGACAAAGAGCACCAAGUUAUCUUUCAAAACGAACUGUGUUGGAUGCUUGGUUGUAUGAUGCGUUAAAAAGUUAUAUCAUGGCCAUAAUAUUAUUCUUAGUUGUCGAAGCUCCAGUAGGAAGCUUGACUAGUAAAUUCUUUAAACCAAAGUAAAUCAUUAUUUUUAUAUACCUAUGAUAAAUUUUUGUGGUAUGUUCAAAUAUUAUAA